AUUGCGUCGAUGUCGGAGGCAUACGAAAGAGUGAAAGGGGGCAGGCUGACCUUCAAAGGAGGAACCCUAGCUUCAAGAAGCAAAUCCAUUGAUAAAAAGAAGAAGAAAAAGCACAAGACUCGAUUGGAUGCAGAUGCUGAUAUCACAGAAGAAAUUCUCACCGGAGACGCCGCUACUGCUGCCGUGGAAGAGGGUGGUGGUUCAACGGCUGCGGAAGGUGGAGCAGCAGGAGGAGAUGACGGUAUAUACACGAUUGAUGCGGCGAAGCGAAUGAAGUAUGAUGAGUUGUUUCCCGUGGAAGCUAAGAAGUUCCAAUAUGAUCCGAAAGCGAAGGUGAAGUCGGUUGAGGAUGCUCUUGACGAUAGAGUGAAGAAGAAGGCUGAUCGUUAUUGCAAAUAAGUUUUCAAUUGAAGAAGCCCUUUGGCGUCUCGUAUACCAUGCUUAAUAUGCUUUUGGCAUACCCAAAUUUCACGGAUGAGCCUUGGAGCAACUAGUAAGCUUGCUUUGUUGUGAUCUUAAGGCCACAGGUUCCAGUCUGAGAAAUGAUCUUUUUGAAAAAAUGCAAGGAAAAAACCACAGAAAAAAGUUUCCUUCUCAGCUCACAAUAUUGAGGAGCCUAGGUACAUGGGGUUGCCGUUUAUAUAAUUAGAUUAACAUAAUGACUGUUAGGAUGGGGUUUAGGAUGGAUUCCAUGGAUAAGAACUUCUUUCUAGCUUUAACAUAAUGACUGUUAGGAACUUAGGAUCGCGAUAACCGCUACUUCAAUUCACAGUCCUGACUGCAUUUUCAUAUUUUGACCAAUGUAACAGCAUAGCCCGUGUCACAUGCGUUACACACAAACAACAUCCAGUCUGUAAUUUUCACAUUAGUUUGAGGUAGGGUGGCAGCUGGAGCAAGGGCAGAACAUUUCUUCACUCUUUGAGAUAUGGUUGUCCUAUACUAACCGCAAUAAAUUAAUUUUGGGCACCCAAAUUAAUUGAGAUCUUUGCUUAGAUUCUCAAGCUAAAAUUAACUCUUUGCCUAUUUGUAAUUAUUACAAAAGAUUGAUUGCAAUGACUUUAAUCCACCAGAUUUCCCUAUGUUGUCAUUUUGUAAGGGUAUUUCAGUUAUUUCACUAAUUUUUGUAAUGCAUUUCUUAAACCAUAUUCCCGGUUAGAUAUUGCAGUUCUUUGGGACAGAGGUGGGUAUGCUCAUAAUUUUAAAUACUUUUUCAUUUGUUUGUUAUUGUGGUGCUAUGGUAUACUGCCCUUAUUUCUAUCGACAUGGAUGGUUGAUAGUAUAGUCAUGUGAUGAUAUUAAUUCUAUAUAGAUGACAUUUUUGUAACUAAGUUAUGGUAAUAUCUUAUUGAUUUAUUGUGGUUCUGCUAGAACUUUCUUGCUUUCUACAUCCCUGUUAUAAUCCCAAUCUGUUGCAUAGGUAAAUCUGCUUCCUUGUUUUAGCGACUUUCAACCAUUUUUCUCUUUUUUUCUCUCUGUAUGCUCUUUAGAUAUUCAUCCUCACUUACACCCAUCGAGUUAGUAGUCAAAUAACAGAGUGGAGAUUGAUUUAUCUUGUAGAACCACCUGUAUCAUGCCAAAGAUUGAAACAUCACAUGACCUUUCCUUCACUGUUAGAAAUAUAAGUCAUUGACUAUGAUCAUCAUCCUCUCACUCAGACACUACAUAUUCAUUCGAUAUCACAACCUUACUAGAACUCUGAGGGCAUAAUCUCUGGGGUUUAUUCCUGUAUCUGAAUUGAAACACCAAGCCAAUGUGAAAGGGAAGUUUAGGAAUCUCAUUCUUGUGUUACUGUUGGCAUCAAGUGAUUUGCUUGAAAUU